AUGGCUGCCGAAGAUGCACCAGCGCAGAAGCGCAGCUGGAGGGAGAAAGCUGUCUUCUUUCGCCUGUUUGUCUAUGGCGAGCCUAGCAGAUCAGAUAUUGCCCUCCUUAUCCUGGGCCUUGUCUCCGCAAUUGCCUCCGGAAUUCCUUUUCCGAUCAUGUCGAUUGUGUUCGGUCAAUUGGUGGAUGAGAUGAACUCGACGACCUGCAACGCCAACGACACCAAUGGCGACUCAUACCAAGAUAGUAUUAACAAGAAAGUCUUGUUGAUUGUCUACAUCGGCAUUGCCUACCUCUUUUUGAUUUAUAUCUAUGUGUUUAGCUGGAAUCUGACUGGUGAGCGACUGGCUCAGCGCCUGCGUGAGAAAUAUUUCAAAGCCCUUCUCCGCCAAGAUGUGGCCUUCUUCGACAAUCUCCCAGCUGGAGAGGCAUCCUCGAGAAUUACUGGUGAUAUUACCACCGUGCAGCAGGGAACAUCUGAAAAGGUCGGAAUCGUGAUCAACAGUCUUGCCUUUUUCGUCACCGCGUACAUCGUGGCUUUCAUCAAGGAUCCCAAGUUGGCUGGAAUGUUGGUCUCCUUGACUCCGGCCUACUUGAUCAUGUCUCUGUUGGGAGGAUAUUUUGUGCAAAAGUACUUUGGUCGCGCACUGGAAAGCAUGACCAAGGCAUCCUCGGUAGCACUGGAGGCAUUUUCCAACACAAUGGUUGUUCAUGCUUUCUCGGCCAACGCGCGGCUCGAGGAAAAGUUUAUCGAGUUUUUGAACCCGUCCAGGAUUGCUGGAAUUCGCAAAUCAAUUGCCGCGGCCACCCAGGCUGGUUUGCUUUACUUUAUUGCUUUCUCGGCCAAUGCACUCGCCUUUUGGCAGGGGUCAAGGCAGAUUGCGGACUCAGUAGAGUCCGAUGCUGGUGGCAUCACCGUCGGGGCAACAUAUACUGUGAUUUUUAUUCUAGUCGAUGCGUCCUUGAUCCUCAGCACAGUCGCACCUUUCAUCCAAAGCUUCGACGCUGCUUCGGUUGCCUUUUCAAAAUUGAAGGCUGAUAUAGAGCACUCAUCCACAAUUGAUGGCACUUCGAAGGAUGGAGAAGUAUUGGCGGAGGUCAAGGGCCAUAUUGAGCUGCGCGACGUUUCAUUCCGUUUCCCUUCUCGUCCAGAUAAACCAGUCCUUCAGAAUCUAUCCCUUUCCUGCCCUGCCGGUCAACAAACUGCCAUCGUCGGCUUGUCUGGGAGUGGAAAAUCCACUGUUGCCGGGCUAGCAACAAGAUUCUACGAUGCGACCGAAGGAACCGUUUUGUUGGAUGGGCAUGAUGUCAAAGACCUGAAUGUACGUGCAUUGAGGAGCAAUAUUAGCCUUGUCCAGCAAGAGCCUUGUCUUCUCGAUCGAUCAAUUUUUGAGAACAUUGCCAUGGGCCUGAUCAAUUCCCCUGCACACACUCAUCUUCAACCGAUUCUGACUGGCACUGCGCUGGUUGAAAUUGCUGCCGCUGCAAGGGAGGGACAAUCUCUUGCUUCCGCCUCUCUUGAACACGGUGAUCAGGCACAAGAGGUGGUAAGACUGGUCGAAGAUGCUUCCAAAUUGGCUGAUGCCAACAAGUUCAUUGAAAAGCUCCAAGAAGGUUACGGUACUUCAGUUGGUUCCAGUGGGAACCUGAUCAGUGGCGGACAGAAGCAACGUAUCUCUUUGGCCCGGGCCUUGGUGAAAGAUCCCCGAAUUCUCAUCCUCGAUGAAGCCACAGCAUCUUUGGACUCGGCGACAGAAAUGCGCAUACAGAGAGCCUUGGAGACCGUGGCCGUGGGCCGAACUGUCAUUACCAUUGCGCAUCGUCUAUCUACCAUCAGGAACGCGGACAAUAUCAUCGUCAUGAGACAAGGAAAGCUUGUUGAACAAGGCACUCAUACGGAGCUACAGGCAGCCAAUGGUGCUUACGCAGAGCUGAUUCGCCUUCAGAAUCUCAAUGUUGACAACGCUCAUGAGGGAACAUCCACCCGAUCGGUGUCGCCUGUCAAUCAAAUCACAGAAAAGGUUGAACCCUGUCUUUCCGUGGCCGAUGAAAUCCCCGAUAAAGAUGAGACGAUCGAUACUUCUAUUGCCCAAGACUCCAAGUCCAAAGAAACCGGCGGUGUUGUCGACUCACACAGGUCAUUUUCCUCAACAGUCAGCUCCCUGGGCUCUAUGUUCCGACCGUAUGCACUUGUUCUGUUCCCUGCCGUGACCGGCGCCAUUGUCAUUGGCGGCACAUACUGUGCUUCGGCAGUGAUCUUUGGUAAUGUCGUGAGUAAGCUGAGUGGCUGUGAGGAGCCUCAGAAUAUCCGCGAUGCUGGAGAGUUCUAUGGGCUUAUGUUCUUUGUCCUCGCUAUCAUUGAAUUCUUUGCAAAUUUGGUCAGCUGGUCUCUCUUCGGUUGGAUGGCAGAGAAUGUGAUCUACAAAGUGCGAGUUCUUUCACUGCGAUCUAUCCUCGAGCAAGACCUCCAAUGGCACGAAUCCAAUGACCGCAACCCAUCGUUGCUACUUUCCUUGAUAACCAAGGACAGCAAUGCUCUUGCAGGCCUGACUGGCUCCGUUGUGUGUACAAUGUUGUCUAUUCUCAUCAACCUAUUCGCCGCUAUCAUUAUGUCGCACAUUAUCGCGUGGCGAAUUGCCCUUGUUUGUCUUGCUGUGGUACCUUUGCUCCUGGCCGCUGGCUGGAUGCGAGUUACCUCACUAGCACAGUUUGAAGAGCGCCACUUGGAGGCUUUUGCUCGGUCGGUGGGAAUUACAGUGGAGGCUGUCAACUCCAUCAAGACCGUCAUGUCUCUCUCUGUGGAAGAAGAGAUUAUGGGAACAUACCGUCGUUCGUUGGCGGCACCCAUGAAAGAGAUAACCCGCCAAAGUGCCUGGGCCAAUAUUUGGCUUGCCAUCGGGUACGGUCUCAGCAACUUCCUAUACGGCCUCGCUUAUUGGUGGGGAGCGAAAAACAUCAUUGCAGGAUAUUAUUCUCAGACGCAGUUCUUCAUUGUCCAGCUAGCGCUGCUUGUCAGUUCACAGCUGUGGGGACAGAUGUUUGCCCUAGCCCCCGAUGUAUCGCGAGCCUUCCAGGCCACCCGCCGAUUGUUAAAUCUGCUUGACCUUGGAACCACGAAGAAACUGUCAGCCCCUAUCCGAACACUGCCUAGCAAGCUUUUGCAGUCUACGAGUGACGUCGAGUCCACGGCAGUCACCCGCGAGAAACUCGAAGACACUCGCAAUGGCAUCAGCGUCUCCUUCAAACAGGUCCGUUUUGCGUAUCCCGCACGGCCAGAUGCCCUUGUGCUUCAUGGUUUGGAUCUGAAUGUCAAGCCAGGUCAGUUUGCCGCUUUGGUCGGACCUAGUGGUGCUGGAAAAUCCACCAUCAUUUCACUUGUCGAGCGCCUCUAUUCCCCCGCAUCAGGCACCAUUCAUGUUGAUGGCCGAGACGUUGCCUACGGUGACAUUUCCUUCCGUGACUCCAUUGCAUAUGUACCACAACAAAGUAUUUUGUUCGAAGGAACUAUUCGCUUCAACCUUGCUCUUGGCGCACGACCUGGCCACGAAGUUACGCAAGAGGAGUUGGACGAAGCUUGUCAAUUAGCCAAUAUUUACGACGUCAUUACGCAGCUUCCGGACGGAUACGAUACACACUGCGGGCCAAAUGGUGAUCGCCUGUCCGGAGGUCAAAAGCAGCGGCUGGCUAUUGCACGGGCGCUGAUCCGAAAGCCGAAGCUGUUGCUCCUAGACGAGUCGACCAGUGCUUUGGACGCUGAGUCUGAGCGAUUGCUUCAGGAUGGAUUGGAGAAGGCAACCAAGAACAUGACAGUGAUAGCGAUUGCUCAUCGUUUGUACACGAUCCGUAAGGCGGACGUGAUUUUCUUGAUUGAGGAUGGGCGUUGUGUUGAGCAAGGCACUCACGCCCAGCUGGUCGAGAGGAGCGAGACCUAUAGGGUCAAUGCCUUGAACCAGACAGUGGAUGGUGAAUAG